GGUUAGGCGAGCUGACUUUAAAGAUGGCGGCCAAAAAACAGCGGCGCUGAAGAGGCGCCGCGAGGGGAAAAGGCGAGACGCAAAUUCUGGCCGGGACUAAGGAGAGAAGGCGUGGGAAGGAGCGGGCUUCGGCGCUCAUCCCAUUCCCUUUUCUCCCUUGUACUGGCUGCAGCGAGGAAGAAGAGGAGGAGGAAGUCAGUGGCGAGGCCGGAAGGAGCGGCAGGGACGCGCCGGGCCUCGGGCAGGUUGAAAGAAGAAAAGGACACCUGCAUUUGGCCAGUGAAGAUGCGGUUUACUUCGAUGCCAGCUAUUUAAGCUGAAUGCAUUGUGAUUUCCAGUAAUUGAGACAGUGAUUCUGAAAGCUGUCUACAUUAAUGAAAAGAACAAUGUAGUCAGCUUAAUUGAGUCAUCAGUGUUGCAGAUUGACAGACCCGAUCCUGAUGGACUUCUGCAUGUUAGGAAUAGAUUUAUUUGCCUUUAAGAAAAUUAAAUCCUUUUCUUUUGUAAGUUUUAAUUAUGGAGAGUUCUGAGAUUGCACCUCCCCUUCCAAAAGAACCGGCAACAGAAGCGAAUGUGGAGACUCCCUCUUGUCCCCCACCACUGCCUCCUAAUGAACAGCCUCCACCACCUCCCCUGCAAACGUCCAGUGACGCAGAGGUAAUGGACGUUGGCUCUGGUGGUGAUGGACAGUCAGAUAACCCUGCUGAGGACGUGCACACUGCCGGCGGAACACAGCUUCUCACAAAGGGAUCUUCCUGUUACAAGAGUAGUCUUCUCAUAGAACCUAAUAGUGACCAAAGCCCAAGAACGGCUCGCCAUGCGCCUUCAGUUAGAAAAUUCACCCCAGAUCUUAAGUUGCUUAAAGAUGUAAAGAUCAGUGUUAGCUUUACAGAGAGCUGCAAAAGUAAAGACAGAAAAGUUUUGUACACUGGAGCUGAGCAGGAUUAUGAGGCAGAUUCAGAUUUAGGUGUCAAUAAUAUUAAUGGGGAUAUGCAUGCUUGUCCUCUUGCUGGGGAAAGUGAUUGCCAGGCGGUUUGUUUAGCUGGUGAAAAUGAGGACAAAAAGGAGGAGGACAAUGAGGUAGAUCAGGAAAAGAGAGUGGAGUAUGCAGUUCUGGAUGAUUUAGAAGAUUUUACUGAGAAUUUGAUGGAAAUAGAUGAAGAAGGAGGGUUUACAUCUAAAGCAAUCAUUCAGAGAGACAAAGUGGAUGAAGAAACUUUAAACUAUUCAUAUGAGGAUGAAUUUGAUAAUGAUGUGGAUGCUCUGCUGGAAGAGGGCCUCUGUGUUCCCAAAAAGAGGAGAAUUGAUGAGAAAUACGGAGCAGAGAGUGAUCAUCAGUCUGAUGGAGAAACAAGUGUGCAGCCAAUGAUGACCAAAAUUAAAACUGUCCUUAAAGGUCGUGGCCGCCCCCCAACGGAGCCCUUGCCUGAUGGAUGGAUCAUGACAUUCCAUAACUCAGGCAUUCCUGUAUAUCUCCACAGAGAAUCCAGAGUAGUUACCUGGUCCAGACCUUAUUUCUUGGGAACGGGAAGCAUCAGGAAACAUGAUCCUCCUCUGAGUAGCAUUCCUUGUUUGCAUUAUAAGAAAAUGAAAGAAAACGAGGAAAGGGAACAAAGCAAUGACAUCACGCCAAAUGGGGAAGUAUCGCCUGUUAAGCUAUUGGAUAAGUCUUUGGAAGUGGACUGCCAGGCAGAGGAACCAGACUCCACGGCUGCUGAUUCUGGGAAUUUAGAAGAGAGAGAGACUUCGGCAGGAGAUGCAGCACAAGGAGCUUUAGGUCAAGUGAAGGCCAAAGUUGAAGUGUGCAAAGAUGAAUCAGUAGAUCUUGAAGAUUUUAGACACUACCUUGAAAAACGCUUUGAUUUUGAACAAGUAACUGUAAAGAAGUUCCGAACCUGGGCUGAGAGACGACAGUUCAAUCGUGAGAUGAAGAGGAAACAGGCAGAAUCUGAGCGACCCAUUUUACCAGCCAAUCAAAAGCUUAUUACCUUGUCUGUACAGGACGCACCCACCAAGAAAGAGUUUGUUAUUAAUCCCAAUGGGAAGUCUGAAGUUUGUAUCCUGCAUGAAUAUAUGCAACGAGUCCUGAAAGUCCGACCUGUUUACAAUUUCUUUGAAUGUGAGAACCCAAGUGAACCUUUUGGAGCCUCAGUUAUUAUUGAUGGCGUCACAUAUGGGGCAGGAACUGCAAGCAGCAAGAAACUUGCCAAGAAUAAAGCUGCUCGAGCCACACUGGAAAUCCUAAUUCCUGACUUUGUGAAACAGACCUCUGAGGAAAAGCCCAAAGAUAGUGAGGAACUGGAGUAUUUCAACCAUAUCAGUAUUGAAGACUCACGGGUAUAUGAACUGACCAGUAAAGCUGGACUUUUAUCUCCAUAUCAAAUCCUUCAUGAGUGCCUUAAAAGAAAUCAUGGCAUGGGUGACACAUCCAUAAAGUUUGAAGUAAUUCCUGGUAAAAAUCAGAAGAGCGAGUAUGUCAUGACAUGUGGGAAACAUACUGUGCGUGGCUGGUGUAAGAACAAGAGAGUGGGAAAACAGUUGGCUUCUCAGAAAAUCCUUCAGUUGCUGCACCCCCAUGUCAAAAAUUGGGGCUCUUUAUUGCGCAUGUAUGGAAGAGAGAGCAGUAAAAUGGUCAAGCAGGAGACUUCUGACAAAAGUGUGAUCGAACUUCAGCAGUAUGCCAAAAAGAACAAGCCAAAUCUCCACAUACUGAAUAAGUUACAGGAAGAAAUGAGAAAGUUGGCACAGGAAAGGGAGGAAACCCGAAAGAAACCCAAGAUAACAAUUGUAGAAUCCGCUCAGCCCGGCAGCGAGCCCUUGUGCACUGUUGAUGUGUGACCAGGAAGCGUAAUCAUUGGGGAGCAAUAACACAAGUGAAGGAAACUGGCUUUCCCGACACCUUAAGAAAUCGAUUUUGCCUCUGAAUGCAAAAUAACAAUCCAGACCGCUUCAAAUAUGCAUUGUUUGUUUGCAUCGUUAGGGCAAUAGUACUGAACUUCACCUUUUGUUAAUCGUGUGCAUUUAUUCAAGGGAAUGAUCAGUGUGUUGGCCAGGCUUGUUGGCACAAGAUAAGCAAGCACUAACCCCCCCCCCCCCCCUCCCCAGCAGUAUCCAUACUGUUUCUAAUGGAUGUGCCUGGAAUUGAUUAUAAAUGUAUAGUAUAGGAAUAUUGCUGAACACUUUCUUACGUGGUUAUGCUGACAACCUUUUUUCCCUCCCAUAUCCUAGUCCAGGAUAAUAUGCACUGUAAGACACUUUCGAUAGCUACAUUGGGGGGAAAAGUGUUCCUUAGCAUCAUGAAGGUUAAGCCAGUAGUAUUGGCUAAUUGAUGAACUUUGGCAGUCAUAGGAUUUUAAAGAACUAUCCUGAUACACUAACCUCCUUUAGACAAUAAAAUGAACACGUGGCAAUAUUGAGCACCAAAGUGUCCCCCCUUUAAUUACUGGGUCUCUUUCCUUUUGAAUGCAGGAGUGAUGAAUGUUUACAUGCAAGGCGAAUGAAAGAGUAGGCACGAUGCAGUGGACCUUGGGUUCUCCGUAUAGGAGAGUCUUCCACAACAUUCACCACAGUCAGAGCUUUAGGGACACCCCUAGUUACUUUUAAGCUAGUGUGAAAACACACUGAUAAGUCCAAUAACUAAAACAGCAUCUUUCCAACAGAUUAAAUAUUAUGGAUGGAGCUGGGAGACAUCUAGAUGGAUAAGUUGUAUCUUCUUAUUACUGCCUCAGGAUUGCAGAAUGAUCUGUUUUCCUUAAGUAGUCUCCAGCUCUGCUCCCAAGUUCCUUCCCUUUCCUCAAAAGCUCCCAGUUCAUGAAUAGGCGCAUUUCAGCCACAGUUUUCAUCCCCUGGACCAUUUUAGGCCCAGCAGGUACUUUUUUUUAAAACAGGAAGCAGCUAGGCUACUGCAGCCCCCUAGCCUUCCACUGAUGCCCACUUUUGCCCUGAACUAAGGUUCACUCAUGGAGAAAUGCUGCAAUUUACUGGAGUAUGUGCAGGCAUUUUUUUUAAUCUUAGACAGUAUAAUUCCUUUACAAGCUAUCCAGAAUAUUUGGAAUUCAAAAUUAACUAUAGGAAACAAAAGAAAGCUAUAAGCAUCACCAGUAAGAAUAGAUUUUCAUACCACUCCAGCAAAGAUACGGCUUUUAUGCAAGUAUGUCUUUCACCUAUACAGUGGGCUCUUGGUAUCUGUUGGUGUUUCGUUUCAGGAGACUCAAAUCCAUGGAUGCUCAAGUUGCAUUAUAUACAGUGCCGUCCCUUAUAUAAAAUGGCAACAUCAUGGUUUGCCUUUGGGAUAAAUGGAUAAGGAGAGCCAACUGUAUAUGAAGACAAGACUACAAGCAAACACAAGUUACAUUUUUUAGGCAAGAUAUAAUAAAAAAUAAAA